AUUCCACUGUCUGUCAAUGGCUGGGCCAGAUCUGGAAUAAUCUCUUCUGCGGGGGCUUUGGCUCCUCCUACGCCUUCCUUCCGUAAGGGGUCAGCCUUCACACAACGGACUCGGCAGCCGGUCUCCUCUCAGAGAGAAGUUCCUCUGGCUGGCUGGGAUCAUCCAUAUUUCCCUUUUUUUUCACUGUUCCAUUCAACGGUGUUAGUGACUUUGGGGGCCCAAGAAGUGGUGUGCUUCCCGCUUCUUCCCUUCCAAAUCCCAGCUGCAUUUGCCUUCAAAGCAGAGACGGAAAAUGAGGGCUGAACAAGGCGAUCCUUUGGCAGAAAGUCUCCAGUUGGAGCAUGGGGUGAACAGAGAAGGGCAAGGCGUGGAGCUGCUGGUGGACGUGGCUGCGAAUUCCCCCAGGGCAGAUGGGGCACCUUUGGGCGUGUGGCAGAAGCCGCCGAUGAAGGCGACCACGCAGGAGCGUGGAAGUGCCGCCGAUGAUCUCGGCAGAGGGGUGACACCAGAGAUGCAUUUUGGGGCUUCUCCAGUUUGCGGAGGAGUGGAAACUGACACAGUAGAGUCUGAUCAGGGCCCCGUGACCUUUGAGGAGGUGGCAGUACGCUUUACCGAGGGGGAAUGGGGCUUGCUUGAUCCUGGCCAGAGGGCUCUCUACAGGGAAGUCAUGGUGGAGAAUUAUGGGAACGUUUCUUCUCUGGAAGGACCUCCAGUUCCUAAACCAGAUCUUAUCUCUUGGUUGGAAGACAAGAAAGAAAUAUUUGACCAGAGUUCAGGACUACGAGCAAAGCCAACAGCAGGUGAUGCCUGGGACAAUAAAAGCAAUGGAGGAGCUGAAGAGAUGGCGUCAAAAGGAGGUGAACCUGAAAAGGUGGAGGAGGAUGUUGGGAAUCAAAAAACAGCAGAGACGCCAGAGGAAAACCAACCGGCAGAGACAUGGCAGGAGGAAACAGCAGAUAAUGAGACAGUGACCCUGAUUAGCGUAGAGAACUUUGAAGAAGAGGGCCUUGCACUGGAAGAAUCGCUGGAGGCUCUACCAGGAGGGUCCCAGGAGACCGUUUCCUUCGUGAACGAGGCGGCCGAGAGUGACGGCUGGGAGAGUGGAAGCGAGUGGGAACCAUAUGAGGUCUUGUCAGAUGAUACAGAGGAUGAAGACAUUGAAGAGAACUAUCAGAAUCAGGAAAGGCCUGGAAGAAAUGAGGAAGAUCAGGCAGAAGAGUGGAAAAAUAAGCCCAAUUGCCAAGGCAGUGACUUCAGUGGAAUUCCAGUUCAACCAAAAAUAUACAAAGGCAAGAGGAAGAACCAGUGCAAGGUUUGUGGGAAGAGCUUCACUCGUAAGGCCAGCCUAAAGGUGCACCAGAGAAUCCAUACAGGAGAAAAGCCCUACAAAUGCACUGUCUGUAGCAAAGGCUUUUGUGAUAAAACCAGCUUCCUUAGACAUCAGAGAAUCCACACGGGAGAGAAACCAUACAAAUGCCCAGAGUGUGGGAAGAGUUUUAACCGGACCACAAACCUUAUUACACAUCAGAAAACCCAUGUGGAAACCAGAGAGAAAACAUUUCACUGCUCAAGCUGUAGCAAGAGCUUUUACAACAAGUACAGUCUUAAGACUCACUGGCGAAGCCACACUGGAGAAAAGCCGUAUAAGUGCUCCAGUUGCAGCAAGAGCUUCUGUGAUAAAUCGAACCUUGAGGCUCACUGGAGAGUACACACAGGGGAGAGGCCAUUUGAAUGCACGGAAUGUGGAAAGAGCUUCAGCGAUCGCAGGACCCUUCUUAGACAUCAGAGAAUCCACACAGGGGAGAAGCCCUAUAAAUGCACGGAAUGUGGGAAAAGCUUCAAUGACCUUGCGACGCUGCUGAGGCACCAGAAGAUCCACACGGGGGAGAAGCCAUACAGAUGUACGGAGUGCGGGAAGAGCUUCAAUCAGAGUUCACAUCUCAUCAGGCAUCAGAACACCCAUGAUGCAAAACGCCACAAAAACAGUUCUCGGGGGGCCAAGACAUCGGUCGGAACCAAUAUUUUCUUGGAUAUCGGAGGGUUCACUCAAGAAACCUAUUAUGGAUACACUCACCCUGCAGAGACCUUUCACUGGCCACUUACAUCUUAUACAUCCACCACGGAAGCAGGAGAAGGGGGCAUGCCAAACUUGUGGACGAUUGAGGAGACUUCUGUCGGAGAACAAGCCAUCCUGGUUAUGAAAGAAUUCACAGAGGACAGCACCUUAACACUGUGAGUGCUCUGGGCAUGGGAAGUGCAGCCCUGCUGGGCACGAUCCACCUGCUCCACUGAGAAGCCAUAGUUGUGUUCUGCUCCUUUGAAUAUGAUUGCAUUUCCAGGAACUGAUGCUUUGCUCUGAAGCCUGAGAGAGGGAGACUCGGAAGACCUUUGCUUGGAAAAAGACUCUUUAGAAAGAAUGACGUUAGUUCCAGUUACUCACAUAGGACUUGAGCCUUCCCAUCUCAGCCCACUCACUGCUUGGCAUAGAGUGGAUGUCCACAAUUUACCGGGGCAAGAAUAUAGGGAAUUUCAAAGGUUACCUUUAGGAUGUCUGUGUUGGAGAAGGAAAAAGGAGACAGAUUACAGAUUGCUGUUUUGAAUGGCCUUCAGUAGAAGCUUCAAACUCAGCUGCUUUAAAAAUUGUGUGUGUUUUUGUUUUUGUUUUGCUUCCAAAUUGAUACUCCUGUUUUUUCAGGCCAGCUGGAAGCAAAGCAUUUUCAUGAGAUCCAGCAACUUAAUUAGUGAGGUAGGAAUCGCAUCUCUUGAAGAAGGAACAAUGGUUGGGGUUAUACGAAGACUUUUCCUUCCUCCCCGUUUUUCAAAUCGGAUCAGGUUUAAUUCAGUCUGGAUAAAGAAAAUGAGAAAUACUCCUUUCUCUGAAAUACACUGACAAAACCCCAAAUUCUAAAGGGAAGUUGUUAAAGGCUGAGCCAUUUGAUAUUGCUAGAUGGCGGAUGCAGACUGUUACGUUUGUAAGGUGAUUAAUGUUUUUCUGCAGCGAAGUUAUAAAAGCAGCAGGAGGGACAUAAUCAGACCAAAAGAUAAUUAUUUCAUACACAAAAUUAAAGAAAUGUAGGUUGUGAUGCAAUGAAUACUUAGAUAGAAAAAAAUCCUACAGCAGUCAGGAUUCCCUGGACAUGCUAGCCAGGGAAUCCUGGUUGCUAUAGAAACUUUUUUCUUUCUUAAUAUACAUCGGCUUGCAACCUAAAUUUCAGAACCGCAUUUCAGUGGCCGGCAUCUGGAAUUGUGCAGGUUAGAUAUCACAGGGGCUUUGAAGGGUGUCCUUUUUUGAAAUCAAAGAAACCCCUCGCACAUACAUUGCAACACUAGCUGGAAAUAUUCAGCUGGGUUAAAUUCUGUUACAAAUAAUAGCCCGAACCAGACAUUUCAAAUACGCAAAAGAGCUGUGUUGAAACCUGGAGACAGCAGGGACUCCCAAGGGAAGAGCAGAUGUUCUCUUAUAUUGAGCUUUGGAACCAGCAAGUCCCCAAAAAUAGUCUGCUGGCAUUCGUGAACCAUGCUGUGGGCCCAUCUUCCCCAACCGUGUUGGACAACAUUCCCAUCAUCUCCAGCCGGCAUGGACAGUGUGCUUUUUGAUGCAUGGAUAUCUGAGAGAGCUUGUUGUGCUUUUUCGUGUACUGGCAUGCAGUUUCCAUAGUCCGGCCCAAGAGCUGAGCAUGCCAAAGACCAUUUCUUUCAGUAGGUUUAACUAUGCUGCAGGCCAUUUACGUCCAUGGGUUUUAGCGCAUUAAACUGUGGUCACUGAAAAUCCCAACUGAGAAAAGAAGAUGUAGUCAGUCAUCCUAUGCUAAUACACAGGGAAGAAAUGGGAAGCCCCACUUUCAUGUAAAAGCUUGCUAAGUCUGCACUUUGGAUUUUGGGAAAUGACUGGGUCAGAGGUCACAAAGGCUGGCAGUGCGAUCCUAAGUAUGCCUUUUGUGGCAUUAAGGUAAGUCUGUGCAGGAUUGUCUAGGACAGCACAGAAUUCCCUCCACGGAAGCAGACAGAAUCUUCUCCGGGGAAUUCCCCAUACAAGGCCAUGGAUUUUCGUAUGUGUGGAAGCAAUGGGUUAAUCACUGCAAGGCAGAAGCACACAAGUCUUCAAUGGGCGUCCCAACAAGUUAACCCCUAAAGGAGAAUAAAAGUUGAAAAUUGAAAAGUUGAAAAACGAUCAAGCCAAUUGUGGGUAGCAGCAGCUGUGAAAAAAGCAUGAAAAGGUUUUUUCAUGCUUUUUAACUCUACAGCAGAUAUAUGGGAAGCUGUAUAUGGGUCGGCUCCAUUUCCGCAAGGACACUUAAGUUUUUUUCUCGAGGCUGUGUUUCCCAUGCAAAAUUCCAGUUGUCUUUUUAAGGGUGCUGCUGGAAAAGACACCGUAGGGGGUGGCCUUCUCCGACCUGCCACCUGCCAGGUACGAGACCACAACUCCCAUUAUACCCAGUGAGCAGGCAGUGGGUUGUGCUGGCUGGGGAUACUGGGAACGGUGUGGUCCAACACCCCAGGAAGGCACCAGGUUGGGAAUGGCAGUGUUACAGAGUAAGGUCCUUUGAAUACAAUGGGAAUUGUUUCAGAAUAAAACAUGCGUAGGAUUGUGCUGUAACUGUAUUAUAAGCUAGAACUAUGAUUAAUAGUAGGAAAAGCGAGCGUAGUGGAUGCAUGGGGUGUUUUGUGAGCAGUCAGAAGGGCAGAUGGGCGUGAGCAGAAGCUCUGUGCGAGUACGUUGCCUUCCAUGAAUGCAUUUUGAGUUUUUGAAUGAUGAGAUAUUAAAUAGUCAGAAAGAGUUAAGCAGACACUGCCCAUAACUUUAAAAAAAUGCCGUAAUGCAUGGCCCUUUAAACCUUUUUAAUCUUCUUCAGGCUAAUGUGAGAUAAAGGGUUGGGCCCAGAUUUAAGGGGGCGAGUGCGAUGGCAACUGGGGGUUCCUCUUCCUCGUUUCUGUGGCAGCCCCUGGAAAUGCCCCGUAGGGUCUGGAGCGCUGCGGAUGGGGUGGAGCCGUAGGGUAGGCAGGUUCACCCAGAACUGGACUAGUCACAAAGGAGGCAAAUCCUCAAUCUAACCUAAUUAUCCCACAUAGGUGAGAUAACGUGGGAGAAAGUUAUUUCUUAUUAGAUGGUUUAACCUUGUUUUAGUAAACACUGACACUUACUAGUUAAUGGGGGAAAUUGGGGUGUAAGUAGGUCAUUUUUAAAGGCACUUGGUACUAUUUGAGAUGUAUUGUUGAAUGUCAUACGAAGACACCCUGGUCUACCCUCACAGACAUGCUCUGGUCUUGAGACUUGCCGGAAAGGCUAAAAACAAGUGCGUCAUAAGCUAGUUUUGAAACUUACCGCCAAACCUAAAAGGAACCCUUUACCCAUAAUGUGACUGAACCAAGGAUGGCAUUUUAUCAUCUACCAAAGGUCCUUGGGUCUGAGACCAGGGGUUGAGAUGUGAAGCUUCUCAAAUUAAGAAUACACCCCUCCACAGCCCAGGCUCUUGUGACCUUAAUAUUUUCACAAAAUGUUUACUUGUUUCAAAGUUCUGCUGUCUCACAUGCAUUCUGUGUGUUUAGUAUUGUUUUAGAUUUUGUUUAUUGUUAUUUGUACUUAGUUCACAUUAUCACUGUUUGUAUUACAUUGAUUUUUUUCUCAUUUUAACCUCAUUGGGCUGGAUCCCAUCUUAGUCAUACUUUGAGCAGACCUGUUGAAAUCAAUAGGCAUGAACUUGACCAUGACGACUUAAGGCCUGUUGAUUUCAGUGGGUUUAUGCCUGGAUCCAACCCACGACUUUUAAUUUUUAAUGUUUAAUAUGAUUGCUAUUUACCCUGUAGAAUACAGCACUUUGGAAUAACUUACAAACCAAGUUAGCAUAUGCAAGUGAAAGCAACCAGAAGUAGAUGGGGAAUAAUCACUGUGAUCAUUCGUGGCCUAUUAAAAGAUCUUUGAUUGGAGGACUCCAUUCUGAACACUUCUAAGAGAAGUGAAUUUGCAAAUGUAAAGGCCUUGGGCUGUAGCUUUGUCAACCAUGUUUUAAAAUUCGGGCAUAAAAGCAUCUGACCACUGGCCUCUGCUCAUUCAGUGUCAGAUCCAAACGGGAUCUCCUCCUCCGGAUUAACCCCAUCUCCUCUUUUGCCCUUCUGUAGGACCUGUGUAUGUGUGUGUAUUUAAAACUAGCUGGCUGUUGUAGGUGGCUGCCUUUAUUAUGCAUGGGUUGCUUUUAAAGGAUUGUACUGUAUACAUAUUUUAGUGCAUUGACGAAAAUAAAGAGUCAUGAAAUGGAAAUGUU